UGCAAUGCACUGUCUAUGUCUCCCGCGCGGUACGAUUGGCCUUGGAGUUCACGUAACUUACUCCUUUUUUUCCUCGCACGAGAUAGAAAACUGUUGGUACAAAACAAAGGCUGCUCGGCGCUUCUAAAAUGUGUGGCAGUUUUGCUACAGCGGGGAGACGGCUAGGCCAAUAAAAACACAGGCAAUCGAAUAGAAGUUUUUUUAAAAAAGGAAGGGGAGAAGAGCUAGAGGGGAUGGGUGGCGGCACGGUGGUGUGUGUCACCGGCGGCAGCGGCUACCUCGGGAGCUGGCUCGUCAGGAAGCUCCUCGGCAGAGGCUGCGUCGUCCACGCCACCCUGCGGAGCCUCGCGGACGAGAAGAAGACGGGGCUGCUCCGGGCGCUCCCCGGCGCGGCGGAGCGGCUGCGGCUGUUCGAGGCGGACAUGUACGACGCCGACACCUUCGAGCCCGCCAUCGCCGGCUGCCACUUCGUCUUCCUCGUCGCCACGCCCCUGACGCACGACCCCACCAGCACCAAGUACAAGAACACGACGGAGGCGGCGGUGGACGCGGCGCGCAUCAUCCUCCGGCAGUGCGCGCUGUCCGGCACGGUGAAGCGCGUCAUCCACACGGCCUCGGUCACGGCCGCGUCGCCGCUCAAGGAGGACGGCAGCGGGUACAAGGACUUCGCCGACGAGUCCAAUUGGACGCCGCUCAACCUCUCCUACGAAUUCACCAACGCUUACCUGGACGACUACGUGCGGUCCAAGACGCUGUCGGAGAAGGAGCUACUGAGCUACUCCUCUUUCUCAUCCUCCUCCUCCUCCUCCUCCUCCUCCAAGGAAGACGACCGGCCCCAGGCGUUGGAGGUGGUCACCCUAGCGUGCGGGCUCGUCGGCGGCGACAGCAUCCAGACGUACCUGUGGGGCAGCUACGCCGCGAUCGUCGCGCCGCUGACGGGGCAGGCGGUCAGUCACAACGCCCUCCUCUUCUUGCAGGCGCUGCUGGGCUCCGUGCCGCUGGUGCACGUGGAGGACGUCUGCGAGGCCCACGUCUUCUGCAUGGAGCAGGAGUCCAUGGCCGGCCGCUUCCUCUGCGCCGCCGGGUACCCCAACAUGCGUGACAUGGUCGACCACUUUGCCGCAAAGCACCCCGACCUCAAGAUACAGCUGACUCAGUACGUAUACACGUUCUGUUCAGUGGCCGAUCGGAAUGUUCGGUGUUCACGCGUGCAUGCAAGCAUGGUGACCGGAGAAGGUGUCAGGAUUCAGCCCAACACCAGCAAGCUGGAGGACUUGGGGUUCAGAUUCAAGUACGGAGUGGAGGAGACGCUGGACUGCAGCGUCGAGUGCGCCAAGAGGCUGGGAGAGCUCUAGAUGCAUGCUACACAUGCAUGCGCAGCAUUGGAAUUCAGCGACUGUGAUACGAGUAAGUAUGGUGGUAUCAUGUUAAUACGUGUGUAUAUUGGGUCGAUUCAUCCCACCAGAGUUUGAACUGUUCCAUAUUCCCAUCUGUUUCCCGUGAUCAUAAAAUAAAAACAGUAAAAUACAUCAACGGUCAUCAAACUUAA